CAUCCGAAUAAAAGAGGCACGUGAAACUUUGACGGCCAAUCUUCCGCUGCCUUCGGAGCGCAUCCCCUGCCUUAGUUUCAUCUCCACAUCACGGAGAGAAGCAGAAUAGACAAGUAAGGCCACUAUUUCGAUUGGACAACGAAGAACCGAAGCUCGACAAUGGGUUUGAAACAUGAAAUAUUGGACAGCCGGUGAAGGCAUGGUGAAGUCUAGUCAAAUGUUUGGUCUGAGAUCUGGUUUAUUUAUUCUUAUGGUAAGUAUUGGAAUUUUGACGUCGACGCUCAUAUCAGGGGAUGCUUUCAUUCAGCACAAGCCGCUCUACGCCCUAGAGAGGGCGUUCCGCGUCGCCCGCUCUCUUUCCGUACUUCACCCUGACGCCACAUUUGGUUAUCAUCCAGCUAGACAUCAAUAAUGCGAUCUUUUGUGCCACCUCGGCACAGUAACGCAAGAUAGCGCCUCUUUUCGGCAUCAGAGCAUUUAUGCCAAGCCUAGAGGUGUUGCAGGUCCGCCGAGCGACUGGCGGAGCCAUGCAAACGGGCAGAACUGGUAUGGACUUUGCUUUCUGAAGGUCGCACUGGUCUUUCGUGCCGGAUCGUAUGGAGAUGUGAAGGGCUCUUGUCCUUGAAGGACGCUGAUGGUAAACAAUCGGACACAGAAUGCACAAUGAUCGCGGUGUGCUAGACAAGUCCAUACGGCAACCGGGGUUCAAAUACAGACUGAAAUUCUGGUCUGGAAAUCAUUCUUGCCGGCGCGGUAUCCUACCAAUGAUAGCACUCGGCAUGCCCGAGUGCGUGGAGGUUUAUGGGCGCUUCCGCAUGGCUUCCGAUGUAACGUUAUAUAGAGAACGUCUCCUACACGAUAUUCAACUUUCUGUUCAAAUAUGCUAGAACUCAAGAUUGGCAAUGCCCUAAACUUCUGGGUGAAGACUGAGAAAGGCUAUGACCUGACUCGUGGUGAGGGUGGUGGGAAGCCCAUGAAGACAAGUAAGGAAGAUAUCUUCUUUCUGCCGAAGAGGAGUGCCUUGGUUAUUGUCGAUAUGCAAAACUACUUCGUCAGUGAUGAUUGCGGUCCUGGAAGAUGCGGAACGGAGAUGGUUCCAGCCAUGAUUGAAACUGUUAAGGCAUGCCGUCAGGCGGGGAUGCCCGUGGUCUGGCUCAACAUGGGCUUCAACAAAGGGGACUACAAGACAAUCCCGCCGUCCUACCUGGAUGUGUCGCAUAAGCGCGACGGCGUGCCGUUCGGGGAGAGCAUCGGUAAACUUGCUGAUGGCACCGAUAAGGGCGGAAAACUGGCCAGGGGAUCUUGGAAUGCAGACCUUUACGGGCCGCUCAAGCCUUUAGCUGAGGAAGGGAUUAAAGCCGGCACGGAUGUGUUGCUGUGGAAGACCCGCUUCAGUGGUCUCACCGGUCACCAGCCGCUCAACGUGUGGCUCACGGAGAACGAAAUUACCACUACUUUCUUCUGUGGAACCGCGACGGACAACUGCGUCUAUAGCACUUUUGUUGACGCGUACUAUCUUGGCUAUGAUUGCAUCCUCGUUAAGGACCUCUGUGCGACUCAUCGUCCUGAUUACGUUGCACAGACGAUUUUUUCCGCCGCAGAAAUGCGCGGAUGGCGUAGUGAAAGCGAAAGUCUUCGGGCCGCUCUCGAAUAGGAUUUCUUAUUGUACUUGAGACUCUGGCCUUCUGAAUAGAAAC